AGCUGGGAGACCGGAGGAACAGGAGCUGGUGGCGGUAGGGGAUCAGCGGCUCCCGCGUUUGUCCGACACUCAGCUAUAGCUGCUCUCAGGCAGUGCUGGUGGUGGUGAUGGCGGCGGCUGUGGAGCGAGGAGGCGUUCGGGCUGCUUUCCUGAACCCGGGCAGCGGCAGCGGUGGACCUGCACCGACAAUGCCCCCGACCGGAGCCCUAGCCGGGGCUGUGGUCCUGGGCUCAGGAUCCAGCAGUAUGCCUGUUCCCAUGAACCUCUUUGCGACCUGGGAGAUUGACCGAUCAUCUCCGAGCUGUGUUCCGAGGCUGUGCAGCCUCACAUUGAAGAAGCUGGUUGUCCUCAAAGAACUGGAUAAAGAGCUGAACUCGCUUUCUAUAGCCGUCAAAAUUCAGGGCUCGAAGCGUCUUCUCAGAUCAAACGAGUACGUCCUCCCUCCCAGCGGACUGAUGGAGACGGAUCUGGAGCUCACCUUCUCACUACAGUACCCGCACUUUCUUAAGAGGGAUGCCAACAGACUGCAGAUCAUGCUGCAGAGACGGAAGCGUUACAAAAAUCGAACCAUCCUGGGCUACAAAACAUUGGCUGUGGGAGUAAUCAAUAUGGCCGAGGUGAUGCAACACCCAACAGACGGGGGACAGAUUCUGGGUCUCCAUAGCAACGUGAAGGAGGCCCCAGUGCGUGUGGCAGAGAUCAGCGUUUACUCUCUUUCCAGCCAGCCCAUUGACCACGAGGACGGCAGUGGACAGGCUUGCCGCAAGACCAAAACCUCAGACCGCUCCCCAGAUAUGGAUAAUUAUUCAGAGGACGAUGAUGACAGCUAUUCGUCGGAGCAGGAGGCCAGUGAUGACGCAGUUAAUCCCCAGGAUAUUUAUGAUGAAGAUGAUGAAGUAAGGAAGCCCAAGAAACCCCGAAGGAAAAUGAUCAGAACCACCUCCAUGACCAGGCAACCUAAUUUUAAGCAGAAAUUUGUGGCUCUGCUGAAGAGGUUUAAGGUUACAGACGAGGUGCUAGACUCUGACCCAGUGGACCAGACCCAGGAGGUGGAGGAGGAUCUGGACUUGCUCUAUGACAGUCUGGAGGUGUACAACCAGAGUGACAGUGGGCCAGAGAUGGAAGACAAUGAGAGUGUACUGAGCACUCCAAAGCCCAAGCUCAAGCCGUUCUUUGAAGGAAUGUCUCACUCCAGCUCCCAGACAGAGAUCGGAAGCAUACACAGCCAAAAAAGUCAGCAGAGAGAGCUGUCCUGUCCUAGUGGAGACUUCCUGACUGUGGACAGAUGUAAAGUCCAAGGGAGCCGAUAUCAAGAUGACAGCAUCACAGAAACCACUGUUGGGGUCCAGGAGCCAGAGACGGAAAACAGUGGAUCCGGAGCAGGGGAGGCGAACAGCUGGGAUGUCAACACUGAACGGAUUCCCAGCACUGUUGGCAAGCUCUGCAAAACAGAGUCCCAGAACCACAUGUCACCCAGUAAAGUGGAGAACAGGCUGCAGAGGCGUCCUCGCAGCACCUCCAUGAAAGACAGACAAAACUCAAAGGCUCAGAGUGACAGGACCAGCAGCAUGGAGAGCGAGUGUUCCCCAGACUCCCGACUAAUAGCGCAGUUUCAGAGUCUCUGCUCCUCGUUUUUCUCCAAGGUUCCCAGGAAGUCUGUGUACGACCAGCUAAACCAGAUCCUCAUCUCAGACGAACGCUUACCUGAGAGCAUCAUUCUCAUCAACACUACAGAGUGGCAUGGACAGUAUGUAGCGGACUUGCUCCAUGAACAGGGCCAGCCCAUUGUCUCAACAUGCUCUGCUGCCGAUGUUCAGGCUGCCUUCAACACCAUCGUUACACGCAUCCAGAGAUUCUGUAACUGCAACGCUCAGACACCACCAACAAUAAAAGUGGCCGUCGCGGGUGACCAGAGUUACCUCAGCACUGUCCUGAGGUUCUUCGUGGAGCAGCUUGCCAAUAAGACUCCUGACUGGCUCAGUUAUAUACGCUUCCUUGUUAUUCCCAUUGGUUCCCAUCCCCUGGCGAAGUAUGUGGCCUCGUUUGAUAGCCGCUUCAACAACAGCUUCAUGGACACGGCUUGGAGGGAGCUGUUCUGCAGGACGGAGCGGCCCACAUCAGAUAACAUAGAUAUAGCAGGACGAAUAAUUCAGUAUCUAGCCGGUGCCAACGUGUCCCACCAGUUUCCCAUCUCAGAAGCCAUGCUCACCUACAAACAGAAGAGGAAAAGAAGUCUGUAUUUUGAUUUUUAUAUCAGCCCGGAUGAAGAUUCCUGUCAGAAGUUUGUGCCAUUUAUUGGGGUUGUGAAAGUUGGAAUAGUGGAGCAAAGCCUUUCGACCUCAAUGGACUCUGAUGAUGCAAUGGUAGGCAACACGAGCAUCCUGUCCUCCCCGCCCCCCCCAUCGGCUGGCCCGUAUGGGAAGGAGAUUGGAAGUACCCCACCGCAGUCCCCCUCUGUGUCCACCGCCCUGUCAGGAGCUAGCUCUCCGUGUUCGGGCAGUGAGCUGAUGGGGCUCCAGGUGGAUUACUGGACGUGGCAAGGCUCGGAGAAGAAGAAGGAGGGCGAAAAGAGGGACGUGGGAUUGAAGAAUACCCUUAAGUGUAACUUCAGAUCGCUACAAGUCAGCCGCCUGCCCUGCGGAGGGGAACUCACUCCUCCACCCAGUAUGGCUAUGACUGUGGUCACCAAGGAGAAAAAUAAGAAAGUGAUUUUUCUCAGCAAGAAACCCAAGGAGAAAGAACUGGACUCUAAGAGCCAAGUGAUUGAUGGUAUCAGCAGGUUGAUCUGCACAGCGAAGCACCAACACACAAUGCUGAGAGUGAACAUUGAUGGGGUGGAGUGGAAUGAUGUGAAGUUUUUCCAGCUCGCAGCCCAGUGGCCAACCCAUGUCAAGCACUUCCCGGUGGGAAUCUUUGGUUACACAAAGCCGGUGUGACCCCUCCCAGCCACCGUAUGGUCACGCACCAGACUCUCAGCUGCAUUUGUCUUACCCAGAGGCCACAGAGAAUUAUUCACAAACCCAACUGGGCCCCGGAAGUGAAAGUAAAGGUUUUCCUGUGGAAAUCUUGUUGACAUACAACCACAUGUUCAGUAUACAAAAAUUCAUGUCAUCUGUUUGCUGUUUUUGAUGUUAUUGGGUGUUGCUGUUUUUUCUUUUUCUUUUUUUACACACUACAAAAAGAACAAUUUUGUAAGAUUUGUGGAUAUUUUGAGGUUUUCGACAAAUUGCCACAUUUCAGUAAUGGCAGCUGUGUUUGCACUUUGAUUUUGUUAAACAUUUUAUUAUUUCUGUGAAAUCCUACAUUUAUUGUUACUCUAUAGACAAUGGAGGCGUGUGAUGGUGAUGUGCAGUGGUGUGUGUGAGACUGUUACAGUCCAUGCUAGUGUUUGUCGUUGAAAGUUGGAAUAUUGCUGUGAAUCUAGAUAGAAUCCUUCUCUAACUCGAUUUCCUUACUCGUCCCUUUACGUUUUGGAAAAACUUUUGUAGGAAAGGAGCGCAGAGUUCUUGUUGCCUUGUUGCUUUGAAGCACACAAAAGCAAAUUAAGAUGAAAAAGAGACAUUGGAAGGUAGCUAUAAUGAAUGUAGCUAUGUUAUAUUUGUAACCUGCCAGCAUAGGUUCAUCAUGACUGCUGAUGUUUCCGUGUUGGUGUAUGUUCAGACCGUACAGUAACAACCACUUAGAAGCAGGGUAAACAAAACGUUAUUUUAACUCUGAACAGCUAAAUGCCAAAUUUAGUUGCAGCUGAACGACCCGUCUUGUGGUUUCCAGAUGGGCGUUUUAAUUUAGCUUUCUCUGUUCUCGCUUCAGGAUGUAAUAGAAUAUAUCUAGCGAUCAUAACUUCCCUGCGCUGGACUAGAUGUACUGAGUUAACCUGCAGUAAUUUAGCUAAUGCCAGACUGCAGUGAUGUGCCAAAGUUGGUUUUACAGACUGUUCACAAGAGCUCUUUCUUCAGCCAAACUUCGGAUUAUGUGAUACUUAAAGCUGAAACAGUGCAUUUAAUGCGUCUGUGGUCCCUGUGGAGAUCAGUAUUAAUAUUACUGAGUGACUAAUUUAGACUUUAUAUAAGUGUUAACACUCCAUAUUUGGUCAAAUGUUAACUUAGAUGGGUGCAUGUCCUAACCAAGCAGUUAGUUGUGUUUUUGAGCUCCGCUGUGGCUGAUUGGAGGAAUACUGCAAGGAUCGGGGGUUUAGUGUUGCGUGAGGGAGAAUUAUACAGUGCUAAGUAUUCAUACUCGGAACUUUUUCACAUUAGGUCACCUUACAACCACAAACUUCAAUGUAUUUUACUGGAAGUCAUCUAAGAUUGCUCUGUAUUUAGCUCUCCGUUCAGGCUGAGUCCAUCAAUGCUGCCACCACCAUGUGUAAGAAUGGCGAUGGUGUGCUCAGGUGGAUGCUCUGUUACUUUUCUGCCAUACAUUGGGUUUUACAUGUUGGCCGAAAAGUUCAUUUCGAACCUUCUUCCACGUAGUUCUGUUUGCACUCUUGCAUAAAGGUCAAAUUUCUGGAUAGCAUGACGUAGUUGUCAUGUGAACAGAUUUUACCACCUGAGCUCCAGCUCCUCCAAUGACUCUCAAGGGAAAUCUGCAAUUAAUUUAGGGGUAUUUAAACACAAAGAAGCACCGUAUUUUUCAGAAUCAUUUCCAUUGGAACAGAUUAUUUACUACUUUGUCACAUAAAGACAAAUUAAUUACAUAGAAGUUUGCAGCUGUAACAUGGCGAGAUGUGCUAGAGUUUCUGUAAAGCACUGUAAAUAAGAGUUAGGUUUUCUGACUUGAACAAUGCUUCUGACUGUAGCUUUGAGCGGUGUUCAGUUGCUUUUUAAAAUGAUCAUUAACAUAUGGAGUUUUACCAGAUAUCCAAGUCCACUGUCUGUGUGUCUGCAUUGGUGUGCUACAACGUUCGAUGGUACUCCCUGAAUAGUGAUACGUGAAACUUUCGCAAUAGGAAAACCUUUUGGACAAAGGGCCUCCUGUUUGAGUUUGCUUUUUCUAAAGUGAAGACUUUAAAGCUUUGAUAGAUUUGCUUUUCUUUUUUUAAAUUCAUGUAUAUAAAUAUGUACAAGAUCCACUAUUGUGAAUUACAAACCACCUGCUCCCCUUCCACUAAAUUGAAAGCACAAAUACUGAAUACUUAUUUCUUGACAUGAAUGCCAAAUAUAUUACCAGAACUCCUAACUAUGAAGUCGACAAUGCAAACACUGUUAGGUGUUAUUUCUCAUGCAUUUCCUUCACUUUGUAAUGCACUUUCAUGUGGUUUUAUAUGCAUAGUAACUCUAAUUGGGACACACUUUAGCUUAAACCUUAAGUGUUUGAGAUGUUAUAUUUGAAAUGGAAACCACUACCUAUAUGUAUAGUCAAAAUAAGUUGUCUUUUUUUGUCAUAUUAUUUGUUGAUGGGCUAAAGCUCCCUGAUGUUUUGCCACUUCAUUUCAAUACCGCAUCAACCCCCAGUCAUCCGUCUUCCUGUAACCCUCUUAUUAAAAGAAUCAGUGUUGUCUCCCGGUCAGGAAUCCAGCUACUUCCUCACAGAUUUGUAUCUCGAGGCAGAGCUGUUUUGAGGGAACCAGCCACGUGGGCUCAACCCUUUUUAGAAUACCUAUAAGCAAAUUAUUAUCCUAUUUCAGUGUAUUUAACCUCAGUUUCUUCCCUAAUUCUAGAGGUAGCAUUUGGGUGUUUUACAAGGCUGGAUCAAUGAGCAGGCAUGCUCUGUUACAACUUGGCAAAAUAAACUUCAAACCAGUUUUAUGCUUACAAAACUGGUCAGAAACCAAUUAAACCAUGCCAUCUCAUUGCUCCUGUUACUUGAGCUGCCACCCAGUGUCUUUGCACAAACCCUAUUAUAGAUGACAUGACAGUAUUUUUAAAUUUACCACUAAAAAUAUGGGUUACUUUGCAUGUUUUAUUAUAGAUGUAAAUAUGUUUUGGAUUUUUAUAUUUUUUGUUCUUUCCAUGCUCUCACAGGCAGUUGUGUUUAAUAAAAUUUUUAAUCUUC